AUGGGUUACGUGGCAUUAGGCCUGAUCAUGGUAUGGAAGCUCCGAUUUGGUUGCUCCACUCAAAAAUCUACUGGUUUCUACGGAGCACAACACUGUCCGUAUUGGGCACAAAGCCAGUUCAAGUACGCCCAAAACCUUUUAGAUUGCUCAGAAGAACCGAUCGAGUACGAUCACAACGAUAGUGACUACUCGGACAACUGCUUCUUCUUUCCCGAAGACUGUACUUGGUCGCCGCCUCGGGACUGGAUCCUCCAAGACAAAGAGUUCGAAGACGAUAUCGAUAACGCCGGCGUCAUGAUUCCAGGUCUUCCCGAUAUCAAGAUGAUCGACGCGGAGGCUCUCGGCGACCUGUUAGAGGACAACCUUUCGCCGCCGGAGAUCACCACGAUUCUAGUGUUUGCUACUAAUGGUGCCAUCUUUGCAUACGCCUCGUCCCUUCCAUCCCGGCAACUGCGGAAUUUAAGUGCAACAUACGGGGCCGCGUACACAGCCUACGCAAAGAACGCUUCCAGUGGUAACCUCACGGGUGUAAACCCUGCCAGCCAUCCAUCAUCUUACGUGACAGCUCAAUCCGUAUCUCUAGGUGAUGUAGGAUCUAUUGUCUUUGAACUCGACGAACUUGUCGCCGUUGUCACCAGAAUAGCAGACAAAGUGCUCCUUGCCGCCGUCGGACCGUCUAAAUUGGAGCCCGAAGGGGAGACUGAUCCUUCAAACGGUGCCCAGAAUAGCUCUAUAAACCCUGUCGCGGACGAAUUUCCCCUGAAUGAGCCUAGAACUGGCACUAACGGCACCUCUAACAACCAAACCCCUACCAACGGAACGCCCAACAGCAUCAGCCGAAUCCAUAGCGAGGCCAACAUGCAAACAGACGCGCAACUUGAGACGCAAUACGAAAUCGACCGAAGCAGUGACCUUGCGCGCCUGGCGAGUCUCAACCUCUCAUCCUCGCCAUCCAUCUUGCUCGCUCUGGAGUCGAAAUCUGCAGCGUUAGGCAGAUUCCUCAGCCAGAAAUUGGAGGAUCUAGAGAGUCCCGAGGACUUCUAA